GCCGCUCCUAGGCUGCUAGCUUUCCCCCUCCCCUUCGCCGCUUCUCCUCCCUCCCGCUCUUGGAAAGAGAAGCCACCGCUACGGGUACGUAGAGAAGCGCUCCGCACCAACGGAGGGGACCGCGCCCGCCCCAUUUGAACCUCAGAGCACGGCCGGUUCAGGAGAACAUCUGUGAGGCCAGUAUACUUUUGACUCAAUGGAGAUGAAAGGGUUCCAAAAUGUCCUGUGCUUGAGACCUACAGACUGCAUGUCCUACAGGAACUAAUCUGGAAAUACAUUAGAAGCAGAAAUAUGAUGCCAAAAGAACUCCUUACCUUCCUCUGACUACAGUUUACUUGGACAUACUUUUGUUUUGAAGAGAGGUACACACACUGAGGAAACUUGCAUAGAGACCUUGUUGUGUAGGAUCAUGGACCAUCCUAGCAGGGAAAAGGAUGAAAGACAACGGACAACUAAACCCAUGGCACAGAGGAGUGCACACUGCUCCCGACCAUCUGGAUCCUCAACGUCCUCUGGGGUUCUCAUGGUGGGCCCCAAUUUCAGGGUUGGCAAGAAGAUAGGGUGUGGGAACUUCGGAGAGCUCAGAUUAGGUAAAAAUCUCUACACCAAUGAGUAUGUAGCAAUCAAACUGGAACCAAUAAAAUCACGUGCUCCACAGCUUCAUUUAGAGUACAGGUUUUAUAAACAGCUUGGCAGUGCAGGUGAAGGUCUCCCACAGGUAUACUACUUUGGGCCAUGUGGGAAAUACAAUGCCAUGGUGCUGGAGCUCCUCGGCCCUAGCUUGGAGGACUUGUUUGACCUCUGUGACCGAACAUUUACUUUGAAGACGGUGUUAAUGAUAGCCAUCCAGUUGCUUUCUCGAAUGGAAUAUGUACACUCAAAGAAUCUCAUUUACCGAGAUGUUAAGCCAGAGAACUUCCUGAUUGGUCGACAAGGCAAUAAGAAAGAACAUGUUAUACACAUUAUAGACUUUGGACUGGCCAAGGAAUACAUUGAUCCUGAAACCAAAAAACACAUACCUUAUAGGGAGCACAAAAGUUUAACUGGAACUGCAAGAUACAUGUCUAUCAACACGCAUCUUGGCAAAGAGCAAAGCCGGCGAGAUGAUUUGGAAGCUCUAGGCCAUAUGUUCAUGUAUUUCCUCCGAGGCAGUCUACCCUGGCAAGGACUCAAGGCUGAUACAUUAAAAGAGAGAUAUCAAAAAAUUGGUGAUACCAAAAGGAAUACUCCCAUUGAAGCUCUCUGUGAGAACUUUCCAGAGGAGAUGGCAACCUACCUUCGAUAUGUCAGGCGAUUAGACUUCUUUGAAAAACCUGAUUAUGAGUAUUUACGGACCCUCUUCACAGACCUUUUUGAAAGGAAAGGCUACACCUUUGACUAUGCCUAUGAUUGGGUCGGGAGGCCUAUUCCUACUCCAGUAGGGUCAGUUCAUGUAGAUUCUGGUGCAUCUGCAGUAACUCGAGAAAGCCACACACAUAGGGAUCGGCCGUCCCAACAGCAGCCUCUUCGAAACCCGACUGCAUCAUCAGAGCGCCGAGGAGAGUGGGAAAUCCAGCCCAGCCGGCAGACCAAUACCUCAUACUUGACGUCUCACUUGGCUGCAGACCGCCAUGGGGGAUCAGUGCAGGUGGUUAGUUCAACCAAUGGAGAGCUGAAUGUCGAUGACCCCAUCGGAACUCACUCCAAUGCACCAAUCACUGCUCAUGCCGAGGUGGAGGUAGUGGAGGAAGCUAAGUGCUGCUGUUUCUUUAAAAGGAAAAGGAAGAAGACUGCUCAGCGCCACAAGUGACCAGUGCCUCCCAAGAGUCCUCAGACCUUGGGGACCCUGACUCAAUUGCACGUGCAGCUCCUGCCAUUUCUCAUUGGAAGGGACUCCUCUGUAGGGGAGGGUGGAGAUCCAAACCAAAAAGAAGAAAACAUAUGCCCUAGAAGGAGCCUGUGCAGGCAGCCAGGACCCAGUGUGUCAGUGGCCAUCCCGCCUGUGAUGCUCUGAGCUGUCCCAGAGCUGCUGCUCCUCCACUGCUCGCCCUUGGGGCUGCCUGGUCAACUCUUCUUCCCAUUGUUUACAGUGAAGGUGUCAUUCACAAAAACUCAAGGACUACUAUUCUCUUCCCUCCCUUUCCUUUACUCCUGGUUCUUGUCCCACCCUCAGCCCUCUCCAACAUCAAAGCUACUGAGCUGAAGGCCUUGUCUAAGGAAAGGGCUCAAGAGGCUGGGGCACAGCCAAGAAGGUAAGAGGAAUAUGGCAGACCUGGACUGGAGAAGAACCAUCUCCACCUCCCAGAGUGUUUGGUGGCAUGGUUUUUCUCCCUCUAUGCCUGUGCAGCCUCCAGCCAUGGCCAUGGGGUUCAGGUUCCUUCUUCCCUCACUCCUGUGAAGUUACACUGUAGGACACAAGCUGUGAGAAAUCUGCAGUCUACUGUCCCUGUGUGUUGGCAUUCUUCGCUUUCUUGACAAGCAAAUUCCUUUUUCCAGGCAGUAGCAGGACAUGCAAAUUGUUCUGAGCAAAGAAAAGAAAACUGACUUUAUUGCACUUUUAGUUUGUUGGGUUUUUUUCUUUUUUUUAACAACAUGGCAGAUG